AUGGCACCAGCAAUUGGUAUCGAUUUGGGCACUACCUACUCAUGCGUGGGUGUCUUCCGGGACGACCGCAUUGAGAUCAUCGCCAAUGACCAGGGCAACCGAACCACUCCCUCGUUCGUGGCUUUCACCGACACUGAGCGUCUCAUUGGCGAUGCCGCAAAGAACCAAGUCGCCAUGAACCCUCACAACACCGUCUUCGACGCCAAGCGACUGAUCGGUCGUAAAUUCAGCGACCCCGAGGUCCAAGCCGAUAUGAAGCACUUCCCAUUCAAGGUCAUCGACAAGGGCGGCAAGCCGGUCAUCCAGGUGGAGUUCAAAGGUGAAGAGAAGCAGUUCACACCAGAAGAAAUCUCGGCCAUGGUCUUGACCAAGAUGAGAGAGACUGCGGAGUCAUACCUCGGUGGCACAGUCAACAACGCAGUCAUCACCGUGCCUGCCUAUUUCAACGACUCUCAACGUCAAGCCACCAAGGAUGCUGGUCUGAUUGCCGGCCUCAAUGUCCUUCGUAUCAUCAACGAACCCACUGCUGCCGCUAUUGCCUACGGUCUCGACAAAAAGGCUGAGGGCGAGCGCAAUGUCCUCAUCUUCGAUCUCGGCGGUGGGACUUUCGAUGUUUCCCUCUUGACUAUUGAGGAAGGUAUCUUCGAAGUCAAAUCCACUGCUGGCGACACUCAUCUGGGUGGUGAGGACUUCGACAACCGUCUUGUCAACCACUUUGUCAACGAGUUCAAACGCAAACAUAAGAAAGAUCUUAGCUCCAAUGCUCGGGCUUUGCGUCGUCUUCGAACCGCCUGCGAGCGUGCCAAGCGCACCCUGUCCUCGUCGGCACAGACCUCCAUUGAGAUCGACUCUCUCUACGAGGGCAUCGAUUUCUACACCUCUAUCACUCGUGCUCGAUUCGAAGAGCUUUGCCAGGACCUCUUCCGAUCCACUAUGGAACCUGUCGAGCGUGUGCUGCGUGAUGCCAAGAUCGACAAGUCCUCCGUUCACGAGAUCGUCUUGGUCGGUGGUUCUACCCGUAUUCCCAGAAUCCAGAAGCUUGUCUCCGACUUCUUCAACGGCAAGGAACCCAACAAAUCAAUCAACCCUGACGAGGCCGUCGCUUAUGGUGCUGCCGUUCAAGCCGCCAUCUUAUCCGGUGACACUUCUUCCAAAUCGACCAACGAGAUUUUGCUCUUGGAUGUUGCUCCAUUGUCCCUCGGUAUUGAGACCGCUGGUGGUGUCAUGACUCCUCUGAUCAAGCGUAAUACCACCAUCCCCACCAAGAAGUCCGAGACCUUCUCUACAUUCUCUGACAACCAGCCGGGUGUGCUCAUUCAAGUCUACGAAGGUGAGCGGGCUCGCACCAAGGACAACAACCUGCUCGGCAAAUUCGAACUCUCCGGUAUUCCUCCCGCGCCUCGUGGUGUUCCUCAGAUUGAGGUUACAUUCGAUAUGGACGCCAAUGGUAUCAUGAACGUGUCUGCUGUCGAGAAAGGAACCGGCAAGUCGAACAAGAUUGUCAUCACCAACGACAAGGGCCGUCUGUCCAAGGAAGAUAUCGAACGUAUGCUCUCUGAGGCCGAGAAGUACAAAGCUGAAGACGAGGCCGAGGCAGCCCGUAUCGGCGCCAAGAACGGUCUGGAGUCGUAUGCCUACUCUCUCAAGAACACUAUGUCCGACUCCAAGGUUGAUGAGAAGCUCGAUGCAUCCGACAAAGAGAAGCUCAAGUCUGAAAUUGACAAGAUCAUCUCGUGGCUCGAUGAGAACCAGACUGCCACCAAGGAAGAAUACGAGUCUCAACAGAAGGAGCUUGAGAGCGUUGCCAACCCCAUCAUGAUGAAGUUCUACGGCGCUGGCGGCGAAGGUGGCAUGCCUGGUGGAAUGCCUGGCGGUGGUAUGCCUGGCGGUCCUGGUGGAUUCCCUGGCGCGGGCGGUGCUGGUCACGGUGAUGAUGGUCCAACUGUCGAGGAGGUUGACUAA